UCUGGGCGCGCCUCCUCGGUGCGAUUUUCCCGGCAUCCUUUACGCUUCCGUCUUCGACUAGCAGGGAGGAAGAGGGCGACGCGGGUGAUCAUAACGCUCAAGCGGAGUCUUCGUCUCUCUGGUAUCUUGCCAAUCCGCAUGCUGUGAAGCACCCUCAAGAGCCCAUUUCUGGCAGCACCCAGAUCAGACUGCCUGCUGUACAGACCCUUGGCUGCUGUUCUCUUCUAUAGCUCCCAUGAUGACAACUUUGGAUGACAAGCUGCUGGGUGAGAAGCUCCAGUACUACUACAGUAGCAGUGAGGAUGAGGACAGCGACAAGGAAGAGCGAGACGAGGACCACGAUGAGGAGCACAGCUCCCACAACACUGCUGAGGUGGAGCUGAGCAGUGAUGGCAGUGCUGUAAACACAGGUCCUAAAGGUGUCAUCAAUGACUGGAGGCGGUACAAGCAGCUGGAGACAGAGCAGCGUGAGGAGCAGUGCCGGGAAAUGGAGCGGCUCAUCAAGAAGCUCUCUAUGACCUGCAGAUCACACCUGGAUGAGGAGGAAGACAAAAAAAAGCAGAAGGAACUUCAGGAGAAGCUGAAUGGGAAGCUUACUUUACAGGAGUACAGCAUGCUGCAUGAGGGUGCCGACGAUGAGGAGUUCCUGCAGCAAUAUCGCAAGCAGCGGAUGGAAGAGAUGCGGCAGCAGCUGCAGAGCGGGCAGCAGUUCAAGCAAGUGUUUGAGAUCCACAGUGGGGAGGCCUUCUUGGACACCAUCGACAAGGGGCACAAGAAUACACUGGUGAUGAUCCACAUCUAUGAGGAUGACGUCCCUGGGGCUGAAGCCCUCAAUGGCUGCAUGAUCUGCCUGGCUACUGAGUACCCCAUGGUCAAGUUCUGCCGGGUGAGAAGCUCACUGAUCGGUACUAGCACUCACUUCACCAACAAUGCAUUGCCGACCCUUCUGGUCUACAAGGGUGGGGAGCUCAUCGGCAAUUUUGUGCGUAUCACCGACCAGCUGGGCGAAGACUUCUUUGCAGUGGACUUGGAGGCAUUCCUGCAAGAAUGUGGCCUGCUCCCAGAAAAGGACUUGGUGCUCCUCACCUCCAUCUGCCAGGCGUCCUCCUGCUACAGUGAGGACAGUGACCUGGAAAUAGACUGAAGCCAGGCAGGGAUAGGAGGGAACCUGGAUCAGGGGCUUCAAACUUCUGAGCAUUUUCCAUUCCUAGGUAGUCCACAGAGAGUGGAUAAUUAAUUUCCUACCACCCUGUUCCAGACAGGCAGCCACCUCAGAGCCCCCAAACCUGUCCAGCAGAAAUGCACAUUAACCACAUUGGGGUAUCAUGGCAAACCUUCCUCUCAAGUGCAGCACAUGAUUGAAGAGUUCCUGGCUAGGGAAACCUUGAACUGAGCUCCAGUUUGCCAGCAUUAGUUUCCUCCCCGCAAGUUCGGAUUCUAAAGCUAGUACCUGAUUUAUGGGGAUGAAACAACUCCAAAAUUUGCCCAGGUGCCCACAUUCAGAUGUUACCAAAACUGGAUCUUGAUUCAACGGUUCCCAAACCAGGAAACUGAGUUGUGCUUUGUGUGAGUGCAGCAGAAAGCUGUGCCAGUAUGUCAUGCUGUCCAAAUGCUGCUGUUUCCUGUACUUACGGUGGUCUGAACUCUGACAGCCACAGUUCUUGGCUAUCUCGCCUGUGUAGAAUCAUAAGACUGUCAGCUACACAGUGAAUACCAGCAACCCUCAAGGAACCAGGGCUCUAUGAGCACUUAGGUGCUGAAUGAUUGGGGAGCAGGCCACCAGACAGUAUAAUGAACAGUUACUUUUAGGGCUUAAGUUAUUGUUUAAGUGGUUGCUGUAACUUUGUCCAGCCGGUUGUUUGGUAAGGAUUCUUAUAUCAGCGUUCCAGCCACUCAUUGCAUUUCUAAAGUCUCUUACAAGCUGGGUAAAAUGUCACCCAUGAAGAAUGUCUCCCUGCAGUGGUUUUGCCUUUGCAGGUUCUUUGUGCUGUGAGUUGUUUGUUCCUUCUGUACUGUGCCCUCUUUACCUCCCCCUUUCUGUGUAAACUGACUAUUUUGCUAAACACUUUUACUACAUGUAAACAGUUCCUAACAUUUUCUUAAAUUGUUGCAAUGCAAUAAAAAAUAAAGUAAA